AUGCCUACACUCAUGCUCCUCUUUCUCUCAUCUGGAAGUUUGGUUCUGAGUUUUUUUCUGUGGAGAGCAAUCACUGCACCGGACAAGGUUGGAAAGCUCGGAUUACCAAUACUUGGUGGCUCCAAACAGCAUAAAAAUGACUUCCAUCAGCUGUUGGAAGAGGGCAGGCGAAGAUAUCCAAAUACACCCUACGUUAUUAAAACACAAGGACUUCCUUAUGUCGUCUUCCCCACCUCGAUGUUCGACGAGAUCAAGAAAUUGCCACACCAAAUUGCAUCCGGUCAGGAGUUCCAGCUCAAGACAUAUUUCGGGAAGUAUACAACCCCGGGAACUGAUACACCUGCCUAUUUGAAAGUAAUAAGCGUCGAUCUGGCUCGUAGUAUCCCGUUCAAAGUUCCUAGUCGACAAGAAGACGCAAGGGCGGCAGCUGCUGAUGUUUUUGGGGAUUUCUCGGAGUGGAAAGAACUCAAACUCUUCCCUGCGGCAAUGCGAAUGAUUUCGAUGAUGAACGGCGCUACAUUUAUAGGACGAGAACUUGGGAGAAGUGACCACUGGGUUCAGCUAGCGGGGAGCCUUCCGUUCCAGGUUAUGGCAGGCACAUUUAUUAUCAGCCAUGUGCCUCGUUUCAUUCAGACAGCGCUCGCGCCAAUCAUAUAUGCUCCUGCAAUCAUAACCAAAUGGAGAAUGAAAUGGGCAAUUUCAGGUAUUAUUAAAAAAGACAUGCAAGAGUUUUACAACGCCAAAGACAAGAAGAGCUUGCUGAGGCUGACGGAGGAAGGCAAGGUGCCUCUCACUGCAGCUCUGAUGAGCCGAUACACAGCAGAAGAGGCCACUUUAGGUCGAUUGCUCCAAGACUAUAUGGUUACAUCAUUCGUUUCGACUCCUACUAGUGGUGCCGCAUUAUAUUUGACAUUGAUGGAGCUAGCCUCACAGCCGCAUUUGAUCGAAACCCUACGCGAAGAGCUACGAGAAGUUUUGGUUGAUGGCAAACUGCCUAAAACUCACCUUGGAGAGCUCAGAAAAAUGGAUAGUGUGAUGAGAGAAUCAGCGAGAGCCAAUCCUUUCAGCCUCCUGGCGCUCUAUCGGCUUGUCAUGGUCCCAACGAAACUUUCAUCUGGGCCAGAAUUGCCUAAAGGAACGUUGAUAUGCGUCGACGUGCACCACAUCAACAAUUCCAGGGAGCUUUGGGAAAAGCCAGAAGAGUUCAAUGGGCUACGCUUUUAUGAACUUAGGAAGGAGCCUGGGAAGGAGAACAAGCACCAGUUUGUAAGCACGGGCAAUGAUUCACCAGGAUGGGGAGAUGGAUCAAUGGCAUGUCCUGGGCGACUCUUUGCAAACAGCACAAUCAAAAUUGCACUAGCCCAUUUGCUUAUGAACUAUGACUUUAAAUUUGCAGACGGAGAGCGGAAACCCCCAAGAACUUCCCUUCCAAAUGGUACUUGGAACCCGGGAAUGGACACCAAGUUUGUGUUCAAAUCGAGAAAAUGGGUUGCUUGA